GGUUUCCGGGGCGGUCCCGCGGUGCCGACGUGGAGGUUCCGGGCUUUGGCCGGGCCGGGCUGGGACCAUGUUGACCAAAUUCGAGACCAAAUCCGCGCGGGUGAAAGGGCUGUCGUUCCACCCCAAGCGGCCCUGGGUGCUGAGCAGCCUCCACAACGGCGUCAUCCAGCUCUGGGACUACCGCAUGUGCACCCUCAUCGACAAGUUCGACGAGCACGACGGCCCGGUCCGAGGCAUCGACUUCCACAAGCAGCAGCCGCUCUUCGUCUCGGGGGGGGAUGACUACAAAAUCAAGGUUUGGAAUUACAAACUGCGGCGCGGAAGAAUUCCCAGGGAUUUCGGGAAGAAUUCCCAGGGAUUUCGGGGGGAUUGCCCCCAGCAGAGCCGCACCUGCGUCUGCGUGCUGACGGGGCACAACCACUACGUGAUGUGCGCCCAGUUCCACCCCAGCGAGGACCUGGUGGUGUCGGCCAGCCUGGACCAGACUGUCCGGGUGUGGGACAUCUCCG